AUGGCCGCCGAAGAGGAACAGUCUUUGCCACCUCCCGGCGACGGCGACGACGGCGACGACGGUGAUGGCGACGACGGCCGACGCCCGGGCGAUUCCGAACAGCCCCCGCCGGCCAAGAAGAAGAGGACCCGGACCCGGACGGGCUGCCUCAACUGCCGCCGUAAAAAGCGCAAGUGCGACGAGGGUCGUCCUGCCUGUGGCGGAUGCUCGAGGCGGAAUGAGAGGUGCGAAUGGGGUGUCAAGGUCACCUUCCGCGCCGAGAACGCCCAAACAAUACGGCAAGACCACCCCUCAAUGAAGAAGGCUCGACGCCCGCCUCUGCGCCGCCAAUUUGAGAUUCUCGACAUCACUGACGAGGUCAUCCGCGACUACCACCUCCCUCCCGGCUUCCACGACUAUGAUUCUGACCGAGAAAUGGAACCUGAUCUGUCACCCUCCAGAGCCGAAGCCGAGGCCGCCUGUGGCCCCCAGUAUGAAAAGGACGAGGCCGGCUACUUCGACAGCCCCCUGUCCUACUCGACCCCCACCGCCGGCGCACACACGGCCUCCAUCGCCGGCUCCAGUACCGCCCGAAGGACUUUGUCUUCGUCUGGGCCAAGUUCCGCACCCACCGAAAGUGUGCAGACGUCGGCCUUUGCUGCUCUCUUGAGCCCCGAGGCCCGUCGAGAGGAUGAGCCUGCCAGCAAGGUGCAUCCGUCGACUACUGAUCGCAUCGACUUCCGCGCCUCGCCAACCUCCGCUUCGCAGCUCAUCACCGAUAGCGCCGUGGCGAACCUCAUUUACCUUAGCCAAGGCGGCCGCGCCCAGGCGCCUCAUCAGCACCCUACAUCCACAGUCCAUUCCAUACCACCUGCGGCUUUAUCUAUGGACCAUUUGAUGGACCCGCCGUUUGAUUUCAUGGACCAAAUCUUCACCCCUGAAGGCUCCUACGAAGACGGCAUCUUCCUCCCAGGCUCAGCAUACCACGAGUUGCACUCGACGCUAAGAAACCAUCUAAUCCAAGAAGUUCGGUCCAAUGGCCCAACGAGGCAGGCCUCGCCCGCUUCUGCUCACACCCCGAGGCGGAGAUCGGACUCGGGCUCCAUUGACGCCAGCUCGGGGCCGUCCUCCUCAGGAGGAGCAGCCGAAACCGUCGACGACCUAUCUUCAGACCACGAACCCCCCUUCCUGCCACUGGAGGAGGAGUGCGCAUUGUGGAAGAACUGGGUUGACGAGAUCUCUCCUUGGUUGGACAAGUUUGACAACCAACGCCACUUUCAACAUUCUCUGCCUACGAUGGCUCGGUUCCACAACCACCUGCGAUAUUCCAUGCUGGCCCUGUCGGCCCGCCAGCUCGAGCUGAAGGAUAAAACCCGCCCAACAGACCAGAGUUUAGCGCUCUACCAGGAGGCUAUACACCUGCUCUUACCACAACUGCCGACCCGGACAACGGCCGUGACCGCAUCUUGCGUCGUGCUCUGCGUGUUGGAAAUGGCCAGCUGCUCGCCAAAGGCGUGGCGAAGACAUCUGGACGGAUGCGCCAGCCUGAUGGAGGCCAUUGGCAUGAACGGCUUCGUUGGUGGCGUGGAACAGGCUCUGUUUUGGUGCUUCAUCCGGAUGGACGUGUGCGGCGGUCUCAUAUCGUCCGUCAAGACCUUGAUACCCGUCAACCAUUGGGCGUCGCGUAGCGACCUUGAAGCAGACGUUGCCUUGUUCCUCGCCAAUCCAGGCCACGAUAUGUGGGCGAAUUACGCAGUCUAUCUUUGUGGUCAAGUUCUUGACCUUUUGGCUCCGCUCGCCAAGGCAAAUCCGGGUGGGCUCUUCUUUGACGGCCCGAGGAACGACAUGAGGCACCGGGUCAGAUGGAUGAAGCUUUGGAAAUACGUUGAAGACUGGCACAGCCGCCGGCCGCCCGAGAUGCAACACAUCAUGUCCAUACCCUCGUCCGACACGGAACCGUUCCCUAAGAUCCUCUACAGCAACCCUGCCGCCAUAUCAGGGAACCAGCUAUACCAUACGGCAUCUCUUCUCAUGCUGCAAAAUAGACCAGCAUCGCUACGACUGUCGCCGAAGCCUCGUUCGGCGCUUUGGCACGCCAGACAGAUAUGCGGGAUAUCAAUGACCAACCACCACCACGGGGCCUGGACUAACAGCAUCCAGCCCCUCUGGAUUGCGGGACGCUGCAUGAGCCACCCCGCAGAGCACCGAGCCAUACUGGAGCUGCUAGAAAAGAUCGAGAGGGAAAGCGGAUGGGGCACUAAGUGGAGGGCAGAUGACCUGAAGGACUUCUGGGGUGACUUGGGAGACGGUUAG